CCGUUCUGCCUGCGCCAGCGCAGCAGCACCUGGUUCAUUGCGUUCGCCGUCGGCUGGGGCGUCCUCGUCGACCUGUCGUCCUACUCGCUCGUCGUCCCCGUCGUCCCGUUCCGCCUCGAGGCGCUCGGGUACGACGACAUCGGCGGCAAGACGGGCUGGCUCGUCGCGGCCUAUGCGGCAGGCCUGAUCGUCUCGUCGCCAGUCGCAGGGUGGGUCGGCGCCAAGUACAAGAACCGCCAGGUGCCGCUCACGCUCGGGCUGCUCUUCAUGGCCGGCGCCGUCAUCCUGUUCAUGGAGUCAAAGAGCUUUGCGCUCAUGGUCGUCGCGCGCAUCCUGCAAGGCUUCAGCGGCACCGUCCUGUGGACAAUCGGCCUUGCGCUCGUCACCGACUCGGUACCUGAAGAACGGCUCGGCAGCGUCCUCGGGUACGUCAUGGUCGGCUUCAGCUGCGGCCAGGCUAUCGGACCG